UUUUUCUCUCCCACGUAGAUCUUCCCUCCGGUCCCUUGGCUGGUUAUCGACAUGCCCGUGUCCCAUUCGACCGUCCUACUCGGGGAUUCUGGAUCUGUUACCAAGGACAUUUGCCACAUGCCGCAGCUGCCCCUUCGUGCCUCUCACUCCAACGCAUCUACUCAUUACCCGUUCUCUCGACGGGUUUCGCCGAGCCUUUCCACAAGCUACGUGAGCCUAUUUUGAAGCUAGUGAUAGGACCUCAUUUUUCAUGUCCAUUCUUCGCUGAGUCCUGGUCCCGCCUUUUUAUCUCUGCCUCUUUCAUGUUAGCUGGCCCGGCCCUCCAAGCUCCACUAGCGAUUGGGAUGUAGUAGUAGCGGAGACGCCCUGAAAGGUCUACCGCGCUUAGGAGAUGAGUUUACCUCCGCCAACGAACGCUUCCGCUCAGGCUGGCCAGAGUCCCUCCCAAAGCAAUACCCCGGUGACGUCCACUCCACCAAGCAGCGGCCCUACCAAGCCCACAUACUCGAAACGGGGCAAAAUCACCAUCGUCGCCUGCGUCAACUGUCGUCGUCGCAAGACCAAGUGUGACGGACAGCGGCCGGUAUGUGCCCAGUGUCAGGCCCGAGAUGGAGCACAGUGUCACUAUGACAUGAACGAAGAGCAGCGGCGACUCACCUAUCUUCGCGAGAACGUUGAGCAGCUCCACGAGGAGAAGAGCGCCCUUGAGUCCCUCAUACACAACCUGAGAAUCAGUCCCGAGGACGAGGCCAUCGCGAUUCUGCGUCGCCUUCGCCAAGGCACAGAUCCGCACACGCUGGUACAACAUAUUCAAGUUGGCCGCACGCUCACCAAGGUUUCCAAUCCUACGACCGAAGCCCCGCCGCCCCCAGCAGGCCUCUCUGACGUACACGCCCGACUCAUUCAGUCGAUCACGAAAGCGUCGCCUGAGGAGAUAGACGAGAUAAUUCGAAGACUUCGGAUCCACGAAAAUGCUGGCAGCAUACUCAACUCCAUCCAGGGUGGGGGACUACUCCAGCCUUUGGAGAAGAGUGGCAUCUACUCUGCUCCAGAGCACAUCUUUGGCCUGACACGCGCAGGACAACAAACAUCUACCGAGCUGUCGAAUGCGAGUCACCUACACAGAGGACAGCAGCCUCGCCAGGUUUUGACACCGAAGGGCAACCCCAGCAAAUUUUGGAUAAGCGCGCCGCUGAACGGCCAGUAUGAUCAAGACAUUGUCAACCAUGCCCUGCGCCUCUACUUUACAUGGCAGCAUUGCUUCUUUCAAAGCUUUCCGCAAGCCCUAUUUCUCCAAGAUAUGUCCUCCGGAUCCACGAAAUAUUGCUCACGACUGUUAGUGAACGCCGUAUGUUCGGCUGGCUGUCUUCUUUCUCCGUGGUCCGAGCUUCCAACAGGCAACCAAAGGCCGCAGGAGGUGUCCAGAAUAACGUUCGAUGACGCGGUGCGGGAGCUGGCGAUGGUUGACGAACCGAGCAUACCAACUAUUGCCGGCCUGUUUAUCCUCUCACACGUGGAAGGCAAUCGCGGCCGAAUGCAUCGUGCGUGGGACUACUGCGGUAGAGCCGCUCGGAUGGCGCUCGAUCUGAACUUGCAUCUCCGCGACGAUAGGCAGGGCGUAGAUGAAGUGGAGGUGAGGGCGAAAAGUCACGCGUUUUGGGGCUGUUUCAUUGCCGACCAACUAUUGAGCUUUACGCUUGGACGUAUCCCACAGAUACCAAUAACGGCCAUCACGAUCGAUCUACCGUCGAUAGUCGAGGCCGAUGACCUUGCACCCUGGGAGCCCGUCGGAGAUGGCUCCAAGACAAAGGUUCCAGGCGCACGUUCUACCACGUUUUACGAGGUUGCCUCGCUUAGUCGGAUCCUGAACUCAACGCUGUAUCUUUUUUUUGCGCCGUCGCAGGUGCUGAAAGGCAGCCUACUAUUGGACGAAUACAACAAGUACAAGGCAUGGUACAGCAGACUGCCGCCCAUUGUGCAGCUGGUCGAUGAGCCUGCUCCGCAUGUUCUCUGCCUUCACAUGUAUUACCAUGCCGCCGUACUUCUGCUGUUCCGUCCAUUCCUCAAGGCCAAGUUCACACAGUCCAACGUCUCUCCAAGCGAGGUCUGCCGUGCUUCAGCAGCGUCCAUAUCGAGAUUAUUUAACCAGCACCGCCGACUGUAUGAUUCCGUCGGUAUCUACACCCUUCAAAUGCAUUGCCUUCUUGCGGCAUGCACAAUCCACAUUAUAAACACUCCAGCCAUAGCCUCGACACAGUAUCUCAUUAGCGCAGCGAAGCACUUCCACGACCUUGCACAUGUUAAUGGCUGGGCCGUAGAAUGCAUAUCCAUUCUCAAAAACUUGGUUGAGAAAUGGCAGAUUGUUCUCCCCAUGGAAGCAGACCUGGCUUUGUUUCAAGACACGGCUGCAAGAACUUCACAUGAUGAGAACGAAUCGGGGCGAGCCAAGCGGAGUGCCUUCGCGCCGCCUGAUGUCCCUCCAAACCCACAGCAGAAGAAGCCAAAACUUGCGAUUCCUCGUAUGCUCGGGCGCUCUCCAUCUUCUGAGCAGUCGAGCAGCGGUAGCGCCGAGUCCCCUGCAUCGCGCCCCAAUUCCUCCCUAGCUGGUCACUCGAGCACUGCCAACGAGAGCAGCAAGGGCAGCAACCCGCCCGGCUUGCACAGGGAAGCAACGUCACAGUUAAAUUACCUGUUCGCCCCUUUCCCGAAUCAACCGGCGCCGAUGCUGGCUCCCACGCAUUCCAGCGACGUACUUGAAAUGGAAAGUCGAGGCCAGAUGCCGCAGCAACCAAGGGUUGAUUUUGACGGCUUAACGUUCGAGAGCGGUACUGGAUGGUUUGACCCCUUCAUGGGCUUUGACACGGCAGGAAGCAUAGGGGAAGGUGAGCAACGCCCAUAGUUGGCAUGUCUCGGCGGCAUAUCGCGAGAUUAUUCGUCUCUGUCUGAGGAUGUACCCUACAUGGGUGAUAGUCCUCAAAACGAGACCACCAUUAAAGCAUUUUGAGCAUAUGCCUCUGUGCUACUACUUGUUUCGAAACGAGCAAAGCCUCGUUUUAACAGCAUACCAUAUGCUGUUAAUACAACUUUUUUGGUGAAUUAUUACGACUGCCUCGAUUUUAUCCUGGGUAUGACUCGCAACGGCCCUAAUGUAAUGACGGAACUUAUGAUUGGAAAGAGAAAAAUAAGUGCAGAAUUUUUAAACUGUCGCAUACACAGGUGUUCACUUUGUGGGAAGACAGCUAGCGACAUGCGCUACGAAGCAGUUUGCUUGAUCAGCAUGGUUGAAUCGAGGUACAGCGCUCAAUCGGCGCCGGCUGCAAGAAAACGCUUUGUCGCCUCCGGCGAUUAUCAUAUUCUGUGCGACGAGCAGCUUUACGAUGUGAGUCCCGAUGUUCUGAGCUUAGCCGAAUCUAGAAACAAAAAUGAAGCCAUGUAUAUAUAUAUAUAUAUAGAUGUAUAUUUUUCUUUUUG